AUGAGUGUUUCUCUGAAUCCGCCUACUUUCAAAGUAGGCCUCACUUCGGAUGAAAAACGGAUAUACUCCCAGCUCUUCAAGACGUUGGAUCCGGAGAGCACCGGCAUCAUCACUGGCGAGAAAGCCAGAUCCACGUUCGAAAAGUCGGGUUUGCCUCCAGCCAUCUUGGGAGAGAUCUGGCAACUCGCUGACCAAAACAACUUGGGAUUCUUGACCCAGUUCGGCUUCUGCUACGCCAUGCGUUUGAUCGGAUACACCCAGCUGGGCCAGCAUCCAGUCCCCGGCUUGGCUGACCAGCCGGGACCACUCCCUAAGUUUGCCAACCUCCAGUUGACUGCCCCAUCAGCGCCAUUGCAGCCCCAGUCCACCAACAGCUCGUUCAUGCAAUCGCAGCCAAGCUCGUUGGUCCCCCAAAACACCACCACGCUCCAGUCCAAGCCCCAGGACCCCAUCUCCUCGAUCAGUCCUGCUGAUUACCAAAAGUUCUCGCAAUUGUUCAUCAAGACCGUGGGCUCGCCCAACGGCGAAUUGGCUGGCUCUCAAGCUAGGGACAUCUUCUUGAAGGCCAAGUUGCCACAUCCCACAUUGGGCCAAAUUUGGAGCUUGGUUGACAGAUACAAUGCUGGAAAAUUGGACGUCGGUGCCUUCGUCAUUGCCAUGCACUUGAUUCAAGGCUUAUUGGGUGGCCAGAUCAGACAAUUGCCACCGUUUUUGCCAGAAAGUAUCUGGCAAUCUGUCUCCGGCCCCCAGUCCACUCAGAGAUCCGUUGGCUCCCGCCAACCUUCGAACAACUCUAUUAGCUCCCAGCAAACCACUCUUAGACAUUCCUCCACUGGUCAAGGAAUCACUCCAAGGGAUGUUUCUGGUACUGGAGCUACCAGCGAGUGGGCUGUUACUCCUACUAUGAAGCAACAAUAUGAAAACAUUUUCAACAACUUGGACAAGUCCAAGGCAGGACAAUUGAGCCCCGAUCAAGUUGCCUCUUUCUUGAUGACCUCCAAAUUAAAUCAGCAAGAUUUGGCUGCUGUUUGGGAUUUGUCAGAUAUCCAGAACACCGGUAUUUUUACAAAAUUAGAAUUCUCAAUUGCGUUAUUUUUGGUCAACAAGAAGUUGGCUGGUGGUAACUUACCAAAUAUUGUUCCUGAUGAAUUGAUCGACUCUCUUAAGUCCCAACUGAGUCACCCAAGCCAUCCUCAACAAGUCCAACAGCCUCCUCAGCAAUCUGUCCCCCCUCCUCCUCAACCACAGACUCGUGCUCCUCAGCAAAUCCAGCCACAAAAGACUGCAAUGGAUGAUUUAGUAGACAUCUUUGGAACUUCAGAACCAAAGCCAUCCUCCAAUUUGGAGCCAAAGCCAGCUCUCCAACAGCGUGUCUCCAGCAGUGAUUUAACCCCAGCAACUGAACUUCCAAAGGUCCGUAGUACUUUAACUGGUUCAUUUAAGCCAUCAUCAACAUUUGGACAAAGUUUAAUGGUUAAGCAAGGAUUGUCUCCAACCAAAGAACACGAACAAGCAGAUUUGUUAGGUGAAGAUCAUGCUCCACAGAGUCCAGCAGCACCAUCACCUGCCCCAACAUCAACUCCUCCUGUAGAGAAGAAGAGCAUCAAUUAUGAUGCUUUGAGAAGUGUUCCUCCACCUCCUCCUAAAAAGACAGUGAGUAACCUUUCCCCAAACAGACCAUCUUCCCAAUCGUUUUCCAACUAUCAACUGCCAGCUAUGCUGCCUCAGUAUGAGACCCCAAGGGAAGUUCCUCAACAACAAAAUGAUGAUUUGUUAGCUGAUCCUGAAAUUUCUGGCCAAUUGUCUCAGGCUACUUCUGAUAUUGCAAAUGUUUCAAACCAAAUCAAAUCAUUAGCAGUCCAAACUACGGGUUUGCAUGAGAAGAAGAUUAGAGCAGAACAGGAAUUACAAAAGAUCUUGAACACUAAGCAAGAGAUUGAAUCCAAGUUGAAGCGUUUGAGAUCCUCUUAUGAGAAUGAAGUCAAGCAAGUGGAUCAAGUCGAAGCCAACUUGGCCAGUGCAAAGGAAGAAACCGAAGCGUUGAGAUCUGAAGCUUCCAUUGCUGAGGCAAAGCUCAAUUCGUUGUCUACUGAAUUGAAUGAAAAGCAGGUAGCUAUGGAGGAGUUACAGAAGCAAAACAGCUCCUUCAAAGAAAAGUUGGGCUUUUACAAUGCAGAAAUCGGUGAACUUGAGAAACAACUCGCAUCUAAGACUACUGAAAAUGGACAGUUAGCAAACAACGUUGCUGUUAGAAAGUCCCAAGUUGAAGUUGCAAUUGUCAAAUCUCGUGAUUUUAAAAACAAGAUAGCUGAAUUGGAAGAGUUGAAUAGAAAGCAUGAAGAGGAGUUGCGUCUCGCACAUGAACUAGAAUUGAAGUAUCAAAAAGAGCAAGAAGAGCUUAGCAUCAAGGCUGCUGAAUUGAACCGUCAAAAGGAAGCUAAUAAGGCUAAAUUCUCCAAGUCUAAAUUGGCAGCUGGUGCUGUGGCUGGUGCUGCUAUUGGUGGUAUUGCAGGAGUUGCAAAGCAUUUGACCCAUGACAAAGAAUCCGAGUCCGAUAUUCCUAAUAAGCAGAAUUCCGACUUAAAUGUUCCGGCUGUUGUGGAAGCAGCAAAGGAGCAAGAUGCUGAGAAAUUACCAGAAUCUGUUAAGUCUUCUGCACCAGCUGACUCAAGCGUACAACCAACUGAGCCUUCAUCCUAUUCUGUUAGUGGAUUGGUGGACGAAGUCAAAGAACAUCCAAGCGCUGACCUUACUGGUGUGGAUAACUUAGAAACCAUCGAAAACGGUUCAACUUCCAGUGAUUCUUCAGCUGGUUCGGUUGAAGAGGCCGAGGAAAAGCCAAGUGUUCGUAAUUUGGAUGACGUUGAAAAGACUCCAUCUGCAAUCACAACAUCUGCACCCCCAGCUUUUAGCGUUCGUGGUUUAGUAGAUGAAGUUCAAGAAACACCAUCUGCCGACUACACUGGACUUGAUGACACCAAUGAAGUUCAAGAACCAACUGAAGCACCUACUGUCCCUUCAAUAAUUAGUAAGGAAGAAGAAGAGUUCAACAAGAGGUUUACUGAAUUCCCUAUUAAUGAAACUGCUACUGAGUCUAACACCAAUGCCACCGCUCCAUCUUCCAUUGCCACUGAGUAUAAGAAUGUUGAGGGCGAAACUCCCGUGACAUCCCCAAGCAACUCAGAAUUCCAGUUCCCUCAAGGUGCCAAUGCUGGUAUCGUUGGAGGAUUGGUUGGAAUGCCUGGUGUGUUGGUCGGGGUCCAAAGAACAGACUCGUUGACCUCAAGUGUCCAAAACAACGCCGCAUUAUCCGUACGUGAUGACAAUAUUGAUGAAAUCAGUGAUCGUGAUACUUUGGAUAACGAAGAGGUUGCUCACUCAAAGCAAGUUCCAAAGAGUGCUGGCACUGAAACCUAUCACGAAAACCAAAGGACAGUUCCUGACGAAUCUAGAGAUAGUGAUAAUGAUAAGGGAUCAUCCGGGGUUGAAUCAUUUGAAAUGGUUAAUGCCGAAGACGUAAGAGGCGACCUGAGUCAUUCCGUUGGCUCAAAUGGUAAUGGCCAGAUUGAUUCAGAAUUUCCACCAAUCAAAGAAUUGGACUAUGACGACGAUGAAUCUUCAUCGGAUGAGCAAUCACAAGAGUUUGAUGAUGCUGUUGACCAUUUGAACAAGAAAGACUCCUUCGAUGUCAGAACUCCAGAAGCUAAACUUGACGAUUUUGACGACGCAUUUAAUGAUUUGGAGCCAGCUGCUCCAGAAAAUGACUUUUUUGCAGAUGAAUUCGAUGAUUUGGAAGUGGCAGGCGAAGAUAAUAACGAAGAUUCUUUUGCUGAGCCUACCAGCGAUGACUUUGGCUUCUCCCAAGGCUUCACAGAAAAAGCAUCUAAUGUCCCAGAUUUCAGCUCUCCAACUAAUGAAAUCAGCAGUUCUGCAAAUGAUGAAUGGGAGCAACUUUUUGCUGGGUUUGGAAACGCAGCAUCUUCUGAUUCGGCCCCAGCCCCAGUUCAAGCUCCAGUUCAAGCUCCAGUGCAAGCUCCAGUGGCACCUGCUGUUGCUAGCAAUCCCAACAAUGCUGGAGCCAUCGAAGAGUUGGUAGGAAUGGGAUUUGAAGAAAGUACUGCUGUCCAAGCCUUAGAAAAGGAAAACUGGAACUUAGAGGCUGCUACUAAUUACUUGUUAGAUAACGCAUAA